CGGGCACAGCCCCCGCCUCGCCCAGCGCCGGGGCCGGCUGCUCCGCCGCCCUGCGGCCCCCAGGCGGCGGCGGCUGCUGCUGGGGGACGCCGAGGAGGAGCCGCCUGCGCGGCCCAGCGGCGGGCGGGCCGGACACGCCGGGCGAGGCUGAGGGAGGCGAGGCGAGGGGAGCACCGCGGGCCGCGGCGGUGACGGGGGAGCGGCGGCCAUGGCCACCAAGGCUCGUGUUAUGUAUGAUUUUGCUGCUGAGCCUGGAAACAACGAGCUGACCGUCAGUGAAGGGGAGAUCAUCAUUAUUACCAACCCGGAUGUUGGUGGAGGCUGGUUAGAAGGAAAAAACAGCCAAGGAGAGAGAGGACUUGUUCCAACAGAUUAUGUUGAGAUUAUAACCGACAGUACAAAAGAUGGACUUAGUUGUGGUAACUCAUUAGCUGACCAAGCCUUUUUUGAUUCCCUCUCUUCAAAUACAGCUCAGACCAACUCGGCUGCAAAAAGCAGUAAUCAGGCAAACAAUGCCAGUGAUCCUUGGUCGAGCUGGAAUGUUGGGAAGUCUGGGAACUGGGAUAAUGGAAACUCUGGUGACGGCUGGGCGACGAAACCUGAAAGUGCAGGUAGCCAGAGGAACAGUGCUUUGAAUAACUGGGAUACAGCAGCAGCAUUUGGUCAUCCCCAGGCAUAUCAAGGACCAGCAGCUGCUGAUGACGAUGAUUGGGAUGAUGACUGGGAUGACCCAAAAUCAUCUUCACCAUCUUAUCUUGGUUACAAGGAGACUGAGUCGUCAGAGGCUGGGGGUCCUCAGCGUGCAAACUCUCGUGCAGCUGCUAUGAAGUUACCACUUAACAAAUUUCCUGGAUUUGCAAAACCUGGAAUGGAACAGUAUCUGUUGGCAAAGCAGCUAGCAAAACCGAAAGAGAAGAUUCCCAUAAUUAUCGGUGAUUAUGGCCCAAUGUGGGUUUAUCCUACCUCUACAUUUGACUGUGUCGUGGCAGAUCCCAAAAAAGGUUCUAAAAUGUAUGGUCUCAAGAGCUACAUUGAGUAUCAGCUGACCUGCACUAACACUAAUCGGUCUGUCAACCACAGAUACAAGCACUUUGACUGGUUGUAUGAGCGUCUCCUGGUUAAAUUUGGAUUAGCCAUUCCAAUUCCAUCUCUUCCAGACAAGCAAGUAACAGGGCGCUUUGAAGAAGAAUUUAUCAAAAUGCGCAUGGAGAGACUGCAAGCUUGGAUGACAAGGAUGUGUCGCCAUCCUGUUGUGUCAGAAAGUGAAGUUUUCCAGCAAUUUCUCAAUUUCCGAGAUGAAAAGGAGUGGAAAACUGGAAAGCGGAAGGCAGAAAAAGAUGAAACUGUAGGAGUCAUGAUCUUUUCUACAAUGGAACCAGAUGCUCCUGACCUGGACAUGGUAGAAAUAGAACAGAAAUGUGAUGCAGUGGGUAGAUUCACCAAAGCAAUGGAUGAUGGAGUUAAAGAGCUGCUGACAGUGGGACAAGAGCACUGGAAGAGGUGUACAGGGCCACUACCUAAGGAAUACCAGAAGAUUGGAAAAGCACUGCAGAGCCUGGCGGUGGUCUUCAGCACUAGCGGAUACCAAGGGGAAUCUGAUCUCAAUGAAGCAAUAACAGAAGCAGGAAAAACCUAUGAAGAAAUCGCCAGUCUCGUAGCAGAUCAGCCGAAGAAAGACCUGCACUUUCUGAUGGAAACAAAUCAUGAAUAUAAAGGAUUUCUUGGUUGCUUCCCUGACAUCAUAGGAGCUCAUAAGGGAGCAAUAGAAAGAGUGAAGGAAAGUGACAAAUUAGUUGCAACCAGUAAAAUAACACCACAAGACAAACAGAAUAUGGUGAAACGUGUGAGCACCAUGGCUUAUGCACUACAAGCUGAGAUGAAUCACUUCCACAGUAACCGGAUUUAUGACUACAACAGUGUCAUUCGUCUUUAUCUGGAGCAGCAGGCACAGUUUUAUGAAACGAUUGCACAGAAGCUGAGGCAGGCACUCAGCCGCUUUCCUGUGAUGUAGAGAGUAUCAAGUAGCCAACAAUGAAGAACAACCCCGAAGUGCUUUUCUGAUUUGGGGGCAAUGCCAAUAAACUUGUUAGCCUUUGCCAGCCAAAAAAAAAAAAUAGUUGUGGGGAAAAAAUGAAUUAUUUAAAAUGUUUACUUUAUCAGCCUCAAUCCAUAAGAUAAGAUUCUUUAUCUUCAGUGCUCUACCCUUUGUAUCAUUAUUUAAGUGAAAACAGCUAGAAAAUGCUGUCAGUUGUAGGGUCUAAGUCAUCUAACUGGUAUGUUGCCAGGGACUUCAUGAAGACUUGCAUCUAUCAGAUGUUCUUCCAAAAACCCUUCAUCAGUGUCAGAAUUACAGUUUUAAGUGGGGAAGUAGACAAGCCUCAGAAAAUGACUUUACUGCUCAUUAUAUUCAAUUUUGCUCUCUAGCAGUUCAGUAGCCAGGAGGAAUUAUAUUUGUAUGUUUCUGGUACAUAUUGAUAAUAAUCUCCUGAACAAACACUUGUUCUAGGUUUUGCUUCCCAUAUGCAGCCAUGGCAGGGGUCAUAAUGAGUCCCAUUAUGACUUCUAGUAAAUAUCAUCCCUAAUCCCCUUUCUUCUUUUCCUUAUAACUAAACUUUCUUCUUGUGGCACAACACCUCAGAGCUUAUGUCAAGGCUCUUUCUUUCUUGCUAUGCACUGUGUAAAACGACAAAGUACAAACAUAGAGCCAUUCAGGAUGGUGUGAAAAACAGUUUUCCAUGCCAGCAUUUUGACACCCACGCAAUGUUAUGCCAUAAGGCACUGGUGUUCCUCAGUGCUGUACCUCUUAGAGAGUUUUAAGUGUUUCAGUGAAGGGGACACUGUCACAUAUAACACAAACUGAUAGGAGUCCCCAAAUUCCAACAGAGCUCAGGUUUUCACAAAGCAGUAUGGUAUGCUAUUGGCUUGGGUUUACUUUUGUUACCUCCUGAUGCAAACUAAAAGGUGACAAAGGUACUGAAGAAUGUCAGUUAUCACACAGACUCUGUGCUGUGAUCAUCGUCUCUUAUCAAGUGCCCCGCUGUCAUCUUUCUUACUACUGAAAUAUCACUUGAGGCCUGGGCUUUUUUGACCAAAAACCCCAGCCUCAAUCCUGUUCAAGAUGGGCACCAACUACAGUAAUUCAUUUAAUGUCAUAAGCAAUCAGAAAAGCCAAAGUGCAAUUUUUGCUAAAAAUGUGCCUAGAACGUAAACAUUUUAGCAAAAAGCUAAUCUUAAAGCAAAGGCAUUUUCCCACAAGCCAUUCUAAGUGACGGGUACAGUCUGCUGGCUGAAUAGUUGCCUUACUCUAUUUCGCAUUGGUGUUAUUUUUGUGUGUUAGAAGGAAAAUCUAGGUCUGCCUGAAUAACCUGAAACCAAAAUAAGCAAGACUUAAGCCUAAGUCCAGAUGCUUCUCAGUGUCACGGGUCUUGUUCACGUUUUAUAAACCUUGUCUUUUCCCCCUCCCAAUUUUAGUUGUUUGCUUCCAAAAUUCCAUAGCGCAGUGUUGUUUGAUACAGCCAUUUAAAUAUGUACAAAUUGUAAAGAAUGUGUAUAAAUGUUUUACACCAAAUGUAAGAUCUGCUUGCAUGUAGAAGCAGCUUAUAUAAUAAAUUGUUACAAUGUGUACAGUAAAUUCUGAAAUCACUUUUUCAAGCCAGCAUUUUUUUUAGCUUUUGUAUAUUCACUUUUUGGUAAGGAUUUCUCUUUGUAACAGAUUCUCAAUUUGGGAGGGGGAACGGGGGUAAAAGACUUUUUUACCAAUCUUUGAAUAGCUCCAUAUGCACUACAGUUGAAGGUUCUUUAUCUUGAAUAGAUUGUUUUGGAAUUUAAGUGUAAGUUGUGCGUUCCCAGUGCAGGGAAGCUAUGAUAGUAGCAACUGUGUCAGAGAUGCAACGUUUUGGCAAAAAAAGAAAAACUGUUUAAGGACUUCUAGUAAAAAUGAAGUAAAUGAUAAUAAAUAUUUAUGUAUACCCACAA